UUUCCCAUCACAGUGUUGGUGGGUUCAUCUGACUCCUCUAUAACAGAGCGGAGUCAGUCAGUGCGGGACAGACCACCUGGAAAACACACACUCGUUCACCUCACGCUGGAUUCUCGUGAGCCGUGGUCUGCCGUGACUCCAGCCAGGAUCAUCUCAGAGACGCUGAGGGACGUAAUGCUGAAGGACGCGUUCACCUGGAGCGCUCAUUGAUUUGUUUGUUUGUGUUUGAUCGCAGCCUGGAAACUCUGAGGAGACUCGCGCUCCGUCUGACAGGACAGAAGAGACGGAGACACAGGCAUCAUUGUGAGUCCAGUGAGGAUGAGGACGUUGUGCUCUAGGCGGGUUCUGCAGCAGUGGUUCUUCGCUCUCUUCUUACUGUGUUCUCCUGUUCCUCACCACGGCAGGCCCGUCGAUGCCCUCAGCAGCCGAAUGAGGCGUUCGGUGACUCACGCCCAGCUCAUGCACGAUAAGGGCCGGACGCUGCAGGACUUCAAGAGGCGCAUGUGGCUGCAGGAGCUGCUGCAUGAAGUUCACACGGCCGAGAUCCGGGACGUCCCGCAGCCCAGAGGAGGCAUGGCCAGCAGCGGAGGGGGCGGCGGCCUCACGGUCGCCGUGCCGAUGGGAGUGGGCGUGUCCAUAGGAGCCGGAACCGCCCACCCCAAACCCGCCGGAGGCACCAAGAACCUGCCGAUCAGCUUCCGUCUGGAGGACGAGGAGGGAACCAACCUCCCGCAGGAGACCAACAAGUCCCAGACGUACAAGGAGAGCACGCUGAAGGCCAUCGGCAAGAGGAAGAAGAAAGGCCGCGCGGGGAAGAGGAGGGAGGGCGAGAAGAGGAAGAGGAGGGCUCGGUCGCUGCAGGAGUUCACCAGCACCUUCCACCAGGAGCAGCACUAAAACACUGUCAGUCUCUGACAACGAUACAUAAGGACAUUUGAAAUGGACACCUAAAUGUUCACGUAAAAGAGAGAGGAAAAUAUUUAUUGUCUGUAAAUAUUCUCAAUGCUCCCGAACAGUGACAAAGACAACUAACGAUACUGCUAAAGCAUUAUUACAGCUCCACGGAGCCACACGUUUGGAUCCUUGUGAAUACUUUGCUUUGUUUCUUUUUCGUUUUCCUUUAUAUUCUUUUUUUUUUUAUUUUACAUUUUUAGGACUAUGCCUCUAUUACGGUGUCAGAAUUCCUGUAAUUUAUUUUGUUUGAAUGGUGUAUUUAUUUUGUAAAGGUAUCAAGGUGCUGCUGACCUUCUAUAUUUUUGUACUAUAAUGCACUUUAGAUAUAUAAAUAUAGAAAUAUAUACAAGUCUUUUUGUUAAUGGACGUAUUUUGUGGUUGAGUUGAAUGAAGAAGAUCGUAGUCGCGCUUGUGUUUGCCCACAUUCUGAUUCAUUGUAUGUUCAACAGCUUUGGCAUCCGACUUUCUGUGAGUCUGUUCCGAAACCUAGCGAGCUGCCUAACUAGACGGCAUCUGAAGGGAGCACAGAUUCAUUCACAUUUCAUCAUUAUGGCCAAAUACGAGAGCGGCUUCGUUUGUGGCCUGCACAGAUAACACAAACGAUGCAUUACAAAAAACUCGCUUAAAACAACCAUCAAACAAAGUCACGGCCUAAACGCAAGAUUUGAAUUAAAUUUGCAUCUAUUUGUACUGCACAGUUACACAGGUACUCAUGAACAUGUGCAUGCAUAUUUGUCAGUCAUACACAAAUAAAAACCAAGGCAUCAUUUAGUAUUAAUUUUUGCAUUUAUCUGCUGUUACAGAAAUCUGACCUGUUUCAUUCAUGUGUGACUGACAAACUUGCUAGCCAAAAACUAGCUUAAAUGUCUAUGUAUUUUUAUUAAAGAUGAUAGAUACAUCAAUACAAACCUUCUUUCAUUCAUGGGACAGAAAAAAAUGGCAUUUAUGACUUUAUGUGGUAAGAAAAAAAGAAUGGUUUCUAAAUCUUCCUUUUUUUUCUCAGAAUUGCAGCUUUAUGACUGAAUUAAAUCUCUCAAAUAAGAGGAAAGUCCAAAUUGUCAGAUAAAAAGUCACAAUUAUCAUUUUUAAUGUUUUUUUUUUAUUAUCCCGAGGCAGAAACAAGCUUCCACAGAAUUAAGAGAAAUGUCUAUUUAAAUAUAUUUCAUGCAAUAUUCUAUUCAGCUCCAUCAUCAGUCGAUUCACUGUUUCUGUUUGAAUUAGCAUGCUGCUCGCUAGGUUUCGGAGCUGAGCUUUUGUAUAUGUGUUUAUUUUGGGUUUCUUUGCUGCUGACCUGAACGAGCCCCACAUCUUCAUCAUCCCCAUCAUCAUCCUCGCAGGAGCAUCUGGACACGACCAGCACACGUUAUAGAAGAACUCUUGUUGUUUUGCACUGAGAGAGAGAAAAAAAAACGCUGUACUGAAUGAAUUAAACA